CAAUGCUCACAGAGAGGAGGACACAGAGCUGUCCCAAACACACCGUGUACUUCAGAAGGACCUCAGUGCCACCCACAUGCUUUCACAAGCCAGACAUUGACAAGAAAAAGCACUACAGCUGCAUUAAGUCCUCACCAUGCCAUUCCUCUCCUCGUCAGAAGCUCUGUAUGUAAUCAGGCUGGCAGGUUUCUGGGGGAAACUGAUGUCACAGCUCUCAAAAAUGGGCAUGUUCAAAAGAGUGCUACUCUAUGACUAUCAGGCCAUGUGUAAGGUGAAUCCUCCUUCUGCUAGCGGCGCUCGACCCCUGCUAAGUAUUUGUUUUGUAGCUAGUAAGAAGUCAAAGGGGGACAUUCUGCACCCCUGUGUCACCGAGUGUCCCAGCUUCGUCUAUGAGCCGUCGAUCAAAGAAACCCACAGCAUGAUCAAGUGUGUGGAAGAUGUCAAAAGGAAAUGCUAAGCACUGUGAUGGGGCCGCAGCAAUCAGCUUGUCCAUCAUGCUGUUCCUAGUCUGUUUAUCAGUCUCUGCACUCAUCCGUCGAUGACAGAGGGCCUGUAAAACUCCCAAGAGGGUCACCUAUAGUGCGCAUGCUCAGCUCAGCAUGUUUUUAUUAGCAAUAGCUUGAGUUGACUAGACUAGAACACAUUAUUUUUCUACAGUGCAAGAAGUCUUUUGCAAACAUCAAUUGUAUGUAGCAUUACUCGUUAAAUUGUACAAGUUUGUGGAUUUUUUUAUUUUUUUAGCAGUGCUGGGCUUUUAUGAUUUGUCUUCACAUGGUCUCUGAACCAUCUGCAAAAACAUCUUUGAAAAAUCAGUGGGGAUAGAUCGAAUUGAGACCCAGACAAGGAUGAACAGAAGCUGAGCUUCAAUGAACUGUGACAUUACAGAGGAGAAUUUAUGGCUAGUAGCUGUAUGUGACUGUAUAUCUAUAUAAAGCAGAAGAAAAGUGCACAAUCUAUAGAUGUGCGUGUAAAAGAAAGAGUUAGAGUUAGCAUGGCUUUUCACAUUUUUCUCUGACACCGAAGGUGAUCUAUGGACUAAUGAACAUUAUGAUAUAAAAAUGAGGAUGUUACAGUAAUUGAAAGAUGUCUUGUAUUUAAACCUUUACAUUUUAAGUAAUCUGUCCUGCGACUUGCACAAAAACUUUUUUUUAACAG